GACGAUUAAACAAAAGCCUAGAAACAGUUCUGUUCAUAUAGCCAACGAGUGCGUUCCGGGUUGAGAAUCGCAUUGAGCAUUGGAGGAAUUGAUACACUGGUUCGCUGCAGAAAAACAUUAGCCGCUAUGGGGCAGCAGCAGAGUGGACGCGGCGCUCAGGACCAGAAGCUGAGGUUUUCGCCGGAAUCCCAAGACAGGCUGAAGGCCGUUUUCCUUGACGCAUCCAUUGGAGACCCAAAUACUUGCUUGGUCAAGGGUCUGCAGGAUCGGCUGUCGCGCGUGCUCCACCACACGAUCGCCACGUGCCUCUGCCACCAAAUGCAGCCGGACCGCUCCGGCCGCAUCGACUACCAGUCCUACGUGUUCCUGGCCAACUCGCUGCUCAAGGCCACGCACGAUGAGCGCAGUGCCCUGGUGGAGAGGCUGGCGCGCGGCGGACUCGGGCCAGGUGGAGCUGCUCGAUCUGCGCCAGUACGUGGAGAAGAUGAUCCUGUCGUACCUGCAAGUGAUUAAGCUGCCGACCAAGCCCAACAUGGACAGCCUGGACCGGCUGACGGCGGCACUGCUCGGCGAGCUGCGCGAGAAGCAGGCCGCCAACGCGCUCACGCAGGACGACAUCGAGCGGUGGCUGAUGCGCAGCCCGCUGUUCGCCGCCGUGCAGACCAACGUGUUCCGCUCGGCCUUCGACCUGGACAUCCCGCACGACUACCAGCACAUCCUACCGGCGGUGCGCGGCGCGCCGGCCGACCACGCCUCGCCGCUCGGGCCGCUCGAGCAGAUGUUCGUCAACCACUCGCUGCCGAUGGCGCGGCGCGACCAGUGGCGCCUGCUGUUCUCCACCGCCGUGCACGGCCAGAGCUUCAGCAAGCUGGUGGGUCAGAUCACCGACAAGGGCCCGUCGCUGGUGGUGGUGCGGGACACGGACGGCCACGUGUUUGGCGGGUUCGCGCCGGAGAGCUGGCACACCAGCGGCGGCUUCUACGGCACGUCCGAGGCGUUCCUCUUCAGCGUCCGUCCGAAGAUGGAGGUGUUCUUGCCGUCCGGAUACAACGAGAACUACAUGUACCUCAACGUCAACCAGCAGACGCUGCCCAACGGCCUGGGUUUCGGCGGCAAGUUCGAGUACUUUGGCCUGUUCAUCAGCGGCGACUUCGGCGAGGGCUUCACGGCGCCCACCUGCACGACGUUCGACCUGCGCCAGAUGUCGGGGCGCAAGCGCUUCCAGCUGGACGCGCUCGAAGUGUGGGCGGUCGGCCCCGAGCCUAAGAAGCAGGAGGCAGUCGGACGGCCGGCCCAGCAUUCUGGACGCUGACCCCGAGGGCGCCGCCAUGCUGGAGAUGGUCAAGGGUGGCAUGCACAGCGACGGCCUGCGCGAGACGCCGACGGCCGACAUACCCGCCGAGAAGAAUCUACCGCCGAUGUGAG